CUAGGAGCAAAGGUCCUGGUGGGAGGGGAGAGCUAGGCUGGCUGGCGGGGCUGGGUAGAGAGUGGGAAGCAUCUAAGUGGGGCCAGAGGAACAGCGCGUGCCGCGGCAGGGAGCCUGCAGAGCUUGGAGGGGGCAGUGAACCCGUGAGUAGGAAUCCAUCGCCUGGUGUGAGACCAAGGUGGGAACUGAGUCUUCCUAACGCUUGGACGCAGGAACAUGGCGCUGCUCCGGGGGCUCCUGGUGCUCAGCUUGUCCUGUCUGCAAGGCCCUUGCUCCAUGUUCUCUCCUGUGGGCACCGUGGGGCUCCUGGGCCAGCAGCCAGUUAUUGAGCAGACCCAGCAGAAGCUGAGCCCACUUGCCCUCCUCAAGUCGGGCAACCAGGUGCUGAAAAGGUCUCCAGGAGACUGCAAGAGUACCCCGACUGCAGAGGAGACCCACAGGCUGGCCCGGGCCAUGAUGACUUUCACUGCCGAUCUGGUCUCUAAGGUGGCCCGAUCAUCCACCAGCCCCAACCUCAUCCUGUCACCUCUGAGUGUGGCCCUGGCACUGUCUCACUUGGCACUAGGUGCUCAGAACCAAACGCUGCAGACCUUACAACAGGUGCUGCACAUGAACUCUGAGGCCUGCCUUCCCCACCUCCUAAGCCACCUCAGCCAGAACCUGGGCUCUGGGACACUCCGACUGGCUGCCAGAAUGUACCUGCAGAAAGGAUUUCCCAUCAAAAAGGAUUUCCUGGAACAAUCAGAAAGACUUUUUGGUGCAAAGCCCAUGAAACUGACAGGAAAGCAGGAGGAAGACCUCGCGAACAUCAACCAAUGGGUGAAUGAGGCCACAGAGGGGAAGAUUGAGGAUUUCCUGUCUGAGCUUCCAGAUAACACGGUGUUGCUUCUCCUCAAUGCCAUCCAUUUUCAGGGUUUCUGGAGGAGCAAGUUUGACCCAAGCCUCACCCAGCGAGACUCCUUCCACCUGGAUGAGCAGUUCACGGUGCCAGUGGACAUGAUGCAAGCACACUCCUACCCUUUGCGCUGGUUCUUGCUGGAGCAGCCCGAGAUACAGGUGGCUCAUUUCCCCUUUAAGAACAACAUGAGCUUUGUGGUCAUGGUGCCCACUCACUUUGAAUGGAACGUGUCCCAGGUUCUGGCCAACUUGAGCUGGGACACUCUGUACCAGCAGCCCUUACUGCGAGAGAAGCCCACCAAGGUGCGCUUGCCCAAGCUACAUCUGAAACACCAGCUGGACUUAGUCGCUACCCUCAGCCAGCUGGGCCUGCAGGAGCUGUUUCAGGACCCAGACCUGCGUGGGAUCUCUGACCAGAGGCUGGUGGUAUCCAGUGUGCAGCACCAGUCCACCCUGGAGCUCAGUGAGGCCGGAGUGGAAGCGGCCGCAGCCACCAGCACGGCCAUGACCCGCAUGUCCCUCUCCUCUUUCAGCGUGAACCGCCCCUUUCUCUUCUUAGUAAUGGAGGACACUGUAGGCCUGCCUCUGUUUGUGGGCAGUGUGAGGAACCCCAACCCAACUGCACAGCCCCAGCUUCAGGAGCAGCAAGAUUCCCCUAACAACAGGGACUCCUUCCACAAGAAAAAAGCCUUUCUCCACAGAAACAAAGCCCUGGGCCCAGAUUUGAAACUUGCAUCACCCCUGGAGGAGGAGUACCCCCAGUUUAGCAGCCCCAAGUGAGGUGGGGCCUGUCUAGCAGCCUCCUGAGUCCUUGCCUGGAACAGCCUCUCAACUCCUGUGGCUUUUCCCAGCCAGCUUUGUGGGAUGGGGCGGGGAGAGCCUGGGAAGGCAGCCUGGGAGGAGAGGAGACUUUCUCUUCCAGCAGCUCCCCGGGAAUUGUGUGGGUGGGUGGGGCCAGGAGGAGGGCGGGCAUCAGGAAUCUUUACUUCUUCCAAAAGGGUUCAGGGUGUGUCCUUUUGGGGGCUGGGUGGCAGGGUGAUUUCGGAUCCAGUUUUGGCUAGAGGUAGGUUAGAUGAGUCCUUAAAUCUGCUGGAUAUCUCCACGUUUGUAGGCAGAUGUGGGAGAGCCUACCUUUGGACAUGUCCCCCGAACACCCGGCUGGGAAGGGGACAAACAGACACUAGUGGAGGGAGAGUGUUGUCCUGAGCUCAGACACUGUGCCAGCCUCUGGCCCUUGCUGGGCCUGCGUUCUUCCCCAGGGCUGGAGGUUGGCCUAACCUGACUCUAGAUUAUCACUUGCUAAGGACCUCCAGGCCUGCCCAUAUCCCACCGCCGCCGUCUCCCGCUGGUCCUUUGAGAUGCCAACACUGCCAGGAUAGCCCUCCUUCCUGUGUCCUGUUGUCUUCCUCUGCCAGGUAGCUCAGGGGCUAAGGCAAGGAAGGACCCCAUUAGCUCCCUAAGGCUCUUUUGUAAAGUUUUUGUAGUGGCUUUUAUGCCACCAGAAUAAAGAAUGAAUGGGC